CCAGCUCGCCAACGUAGUCCAAGCAUCGAGCGACUUCGUUGCUCGCUACAUGUCGGCUGCAAAAGUCACGCCCAAAAAGCCCAGCCCGGAAACCUCCGUCUACGGCAUUCGCAUUGGCCGCAAGUCGUGGACUGCAGCGAGUGGUGACGCGCCUAACAUCACGCACACGGGUACGAAGGAAGUCGAAGCACAGAUCGCCGAAGUUCGUGCCCUUGGCGCGACCAUACAGACGCUUAUGAACUCGUGCGCCGUCGAAGCAUUGACGUGCGAUGUCGAUGGCAAGAUGACGGGCACGGACCGUGCUGGUGUCCGUGACGCCAAGGUCAAGGUACGCAUCACCGACCUCCAAGCCCACGGACGCGGCCCCAUCAAUUUUGACCAGCCUCUGUCUCUGCUCUACGCCCUCGGCCAGCUCUCGGUCGAGUCGUCGGCAGACCUCGGCGCUAUUGACGUUGGCCUUCAGACGGCCGCCGGCCUCACGAUCGCCCACGCCAAGCUCCGUGACGUCUACGCGCAGUGCGACUUGGACCUUACGCGCCUCCAACGGGAGGACUCGACGGUUCCGCUCGUCAUCACGUCCUGGGGACCAACGAAUGCGAAGAUCGAUCUGCACCAAGCCCUCACGGGCCGAGUCCGCGUCGCUUCCACCGACGUCGACACUCACUUGCAAGCGCUCUUGGAGGCCUUCUGUGCCGCUGUAUCGAGCCAAUUUAGCCUCGCGGGCGUGUGGCCAGCCAAAGUCGCGGCUUGCAUCCUCAAGUAUUGUUCGAGCGACGAGUUUCUCGUCGCUUGGAGCGUGCGUCUGCGCCUCGCCCCGCGCGGUGCGUUGGUGUUGCAGCCCGUGGACGACCACCCGCAGCCGUUCCUGUACUUCGACCACCUCCAGGUCGUGCCGCUCCUCCUCGAUGUCGAAGCCAUGGUGCAGUUUUGGAUCGAGACGCAGCUUGCCGCCAAACUGUAGUCGGUUCGAAAUGUCUACGUCUUUUUAAAUAGCGACCAAGUACGUACCCUACAUAUCUGA